AUCGUUGCGUUCUUGCCAUUCUGGCCAUGUUUUUUAGCCAACAGCCGCUACCAAACGCUUCAGUCUAUAAGCGACAACGUGUACGAGCGGUCGCGUUCUUAUUCUUUUGCCCGCUAAUAACUAACCAAUACUCAGAAAGUAACCAAGCAUAGCGCCACUGAUAAUCUAGUAGCCUAGCAUAAACGCAGCUUUUUGAAUAAACGCAUGCAGUAAAAAAUUAUUUCCGUGAGAUUUCCGCGCGCUUAGUUUAAACCGUAUACUGGCAUAUAUUUGCGCUUAGAUUAAACGUAUUUCAAGCGACGCGACAGAAUUUUCAUGCAAGGUGACUCAACGCGUUUUAAGCGAUAGUUUAGGCAGUUGCAUAUUUUGAUUCUUGACAAGUGGUGUUAAUAAUAUUGAGCUGCUUGAUCGUACGCGUGCUGUAUUCAUUAACCGCGUUGCUUAGUAUCUAAAUGCGAAAGUGUUACGCUUAGCUAACCGCUUCCAUCGUGAGCGUAUAAAAGCGCUUUGCAUAAACAGCAAACCCCUGCGUUGACACAUAAGCACGCGUAUUUGAAAACAAUUUUGAUAAGCAAAAAUAAUAAAAACCACAACAAACAAACAAAUUUACGCAAAACGCUAGCCAUACACCGCCUGGCAGCCGCUUCCCUACUUCCGCCGCUUAGCAACUAUAUUCAAACCAUAUUGAAAGUGUCGGAAAAGCGCUCAGCCAGCUAUUUCCUCACGCUGCUUGCGAGCGGAAGCUGUAAAUUCUAUUACGAUUUUGCCAUUAUUGUUUUUUGACUUUUGACUUGAAAAUCGCGUAGCCUACAGCGCGUUCCACUUCUGCCUAGUUCUGUGCGCGCUUGUCGUUUUGUAAACCGUGGCUCAUUGCUGGCCGCUUCAGGUUUUUUGAACGCGUACAACCCGACAAAUAUUUAUUAAAUAUUAAAAAGUGCACGCAAUAACUAAAAAGUAAAAUUUAAAUAAAAAAUAAAAUAACAGCAAAAGCAAUUUUGUGUUCAAGUGCUUGAGUGAUAUCAACUAUUCAACUUUUGGCUGAUUUAGGCAGCUGUUACAAACUGUUGUUGCAUAUUGACGCUUGAGUGCUCGACAGCGCGUCAAAGUGUUGUUGAAAGUGAAGAUUUAUCGCGCUUACUUAAAUCGUUUGGAAAAUAAACAGUUAUAAUAGGAAUACCAACAAAAGCAGUUCUUUGAAAACACAUUGUUCUUGGCGCUGGUUCAGAGCGCAAGUAAAAUAGUGCAUAAAAUUUAAAUAAAUUAAAUAGUUGUUUAAAAUUAAUAAUACUAACGUGAGCUAAGCGAUUCUACUAACCAAAAGUACUAACUGAUAUAUUCUUAAUAAAUGUAAAAUGGUUUACUGAGCACAAAUACAAAAUCCAAGUGAGUUUCAACCAAUACGCACAUAUACCAUACGCUGAGAAAAAUUUAAUAAAAAUAAUUUCGAAGUCAAGUUUGUGAGUAGUAGCGAAUUGUUAAGAGAAAUUUUAGAAGAUAUAGCUUUCAACGGUUUUGAGCUUCCUCAAUAGAUUUAUAGGUAUGUUUCAUUGAUUUUCGGGGCUUACUAUGAUUAGGUCUUAUCUUAUGGCAGUUGUGUGGUAACAGAACUGCGACAACUCUAACUUCGAAUAAGCACUGAGCUCAUCUCACAUCUCAAAGGCAUCGAGUUUAAUCCUGGAACUCUGCUGCUAAUCAUUCUAAUAAUUUCAUGCAUAUGCGUGUAUGUGUGAGCGUGUGUGAAAAUGUUUCCGAUUUUUCGCACUGACCUCAGCAACUCGUCAGCAAAUGCCAAGCAAACUUCUGUGAUAUUGUAAAAACAGCGUGUGUAUGCUCAAACUUGCUUUAUAUCACUCACAAACAUUUGCAUAUUAAAUAUUAGCAAAAAAAAAACUUAACUCGAAAGCUAAACAAAUAAACACAAAGUCCACUCAUAAAAACCAAUACCAAUCUUAAAAGUGCUAACUGCUGCUCUAUAAGUAUACCCACAAAAAAGACUCCCUCUCCAAGCUACCCGCAAAAUUAUCUAAAAUAUCUACAUAUUUUCACUAAGUUAGUGCCCGCAAAAAUAUUUUGAAACUUGUGAAAGCUUGUAAAUUUGGCGUGAAAGCUCUCCGAACAAAAACUUUAAGCGAAAAAAGUGAAAAGGUAAUAAACGGAGCAAUAGUGUGCAGCUGAAACGGAGCUUAAAAACAAAGCUUGAAAUAAAGCCCGUAAUUUUGAGCUUUAAAACCAAUUUGUCAACCGCUUCCCCUCUUACCCAGGCUUUUACCCACACAUUUAUAUACAAAACGCUAAAUCUAUAUAUUUGUAUAGCAAGAAAGCAAAUUAAAGUGAAAAAGUGAAUUUAUUUUUAAUACGACAGCUUCUGCUAUCACCAAACGUGUGCAAAUUUUUAAAUUGGUUUCGAUAAUUUAUUGUUGUGCGCCCUAAAAAAGCUGCUGCAGUAAAUAGAUACAAAUAAAAUAGUUGCAAAACUUAAACGAGUAGCACUCUUGCGAAAUUGUUUUGCGUAGCUUACGCUUUUGGCAGCGAGUUUUCAGGAAAGCUCUAAAAAUAGCGCGGAAAGCAACGAAAGGAGCUUGCUGGAAUAAACUAUCCGAAAACACUGAAACCAACAAAAAAUUUUGAACUUCUAGUCAACGAUUAAACCGCGUUGCCAUAACAACGAACCGCGAUUCGGACAAACGUGCGCUGAUAAGUUCCAACAUUCAGUUAACCACGCCGUAAACGUCAAACAUACAUAUUUCGCAUAAUUCGUAAACUCAAAUUUACAUUUUUUAAAACCGGAAUUUUUCAAAAAAAUAAAUCAUAUAACUGACAAGAGACCGCAAAAAGUAUUUUCUUGUCAAAUAACACAAACAAAAAAAUUAAGAAAGAAAUCAACAACGAAGUCAGCAAGAGAACAACAAAAUCGGUUGCAGAUUAGUGAAAGCUCUCGUGUAAAAGCGGCAAAAGCACAACAGUGCCCCUAGGGAAGCUACAAAGUAUUAGCAUUGAUAAAAGCUCAUAGAGAGGAGAAUUUGUGUUAAAAUCUUAACAAAAAAAGUCUCGAAGACUACUACGCGUAAAUCUCAAAAGCUCCUUGUACAACUACCAAGUGCAGGCACAUGUGAAGUAGUGCAAGCAGCAAUAAAACAAAAAAUUAAGAAAAAAUCACAAACGCCCCUGCCCGUGUUUGAACCCGUAAGCAAACAACUGUGAAAAUUGAUAAAAAUCAAUUAAUUUUACCAAUAAAUCCCCAAUUCAAGUAACCCUUUGUGAACACUCUCAUAACAACAAGAACUAUAACAACUAUAAUAACAAAAUGGCAGCUGUCGUCCAUGUGAAUAGUCUGUUGAAUGGCAAAGAUUCACGCUGGCUCCAAUUGGAGGUGUGCCGUGAAUUUCAGAGGAAUAAAUGCUCCCGCCAAGAUACCGAAUGCAAAUUCGCUCAUCCGCCCGCCAAUGUCGAGGUACAGAAUGGAAAGGUGACCGCUUGCUAUGACAGCAUUAAGGGUCGCUGUAAUCGUGAUAAACCGCCGUGCAAAUAUUUUCAUCCACCACAGCAUUUGAAGGAUCAAUUAUUGAUAAAUGGACGAAACCAUCUUGCCUUGAAGAAUGCACUGAUGCAACAGAUGGGUAUGGCAACUGGACAGCAAGUCAUACCGGGACAAGUGCCAGCCGUGCCUCUUGUUUAUUCACAGGCCACAAAUCCCUACUUAACCGGCAUACCGGCUAAUCCGUACCCUAGUCCAUACUAUGCGCCUGGAACUUUAGUGCCUGCAUUACUCGGACCAGAUCACACACAGUUGGGUCAAGUGGUGCCACAAACGGUACAAGUGGCACAGCAGAAAAUCCCACGUUCCGAUCGAUUAGAGGUUUGCCGUGAAUACUUGCGCGGCGCCUGCAAGCGCGCCGAGUCGGAGUGUCGCUUUGCGCAUCCGCAGGAUAGCGUCGCCAGGCACGAUGACGGUUCGAUAACGGUGUGCAUGGAUGCCGUGAAGGGCCGUUGCACGCGCGAUCCAUGCCGCUACUUUCAUCCCCCCUUGCACCUGCAGGCACAAUUAAAAGCGGCGCAAACGCGCGCCACUGCUGUCGCUACUGCGCACCAUCAUUCGACCACCAACAUGCCGUCGUCAGCUGCCGUCGUCGCUGCCGCAGCCGCUGCUGCCCAACAGCAGGCCGCCCAAGCUCAGGUCCAGGCUCAGGGCACAACGCAGACGAACGCCGCCAAUGCUGCUGCCGUCGCCGCUGCCGCUGCACUCGCUAUGGGUGCCGCAAGCGGUGGUGUGGGAGCGAGCGCUGGCGCUCAUCAUGCACAGCAUCAUCAUCAUCAUCAACUGGAAGUGGGCAAGAAACGUGCCGCCGCGGACAAUGACAUGUUACAACUGAUGGAUGUUAAAACGGUUGGUUCAUUUUACUAUGAAAAUUUCGCUUUCUCCGGAAUGGUACCGUUCAAGCGUCCCGCUGCCGAGAAAUCCGGUAUUCCAGUGUAUCAACCCGGCGCGACCACCUACCAGCAACUCAUGCAACUGCAACAGCCGUUCGUACCAGUGUCAUGUGAGUACCAAUCUCAAAAUGGUGGGACGCCAUUGAGCGCCACUACCACUACCUCUACUUUGAGUACUUCUACUACUACUACUACUACCAAUAUGAAUCCAUAUAAUGCUACUACUGCAACAGCAGCAGCACAAGCAGCCGCCGCCACAGCAGCCGCAACAACAACAACAGCGGCGGCUACAAUUGGUGCCGCCACAUUUUUAGGUGCUAGUAUCACAACACAACAACAACAACAGAUUGAACAGUAUCACCACCAACAACAACAGCUACACAAUCAGCAAAUGCAACAACAGUUGCAUCUGUUACCGCCACCACCACCAACCACAACCACACCACCAACAACAACAACUGUCACUUCCAAUUAUCAUUUACACCAACAUUAUAGUAACAAUAGCACCCUGUAUAAUAUUAAUAAUAACAACAACAACAAUAUCAAUAAAAACAAAGACAAUAGCAACAACAAUAUUAGCGCUCUAACAACCCCACCCAAAUCCAAUUCCCCCUCCGCUAGCAUACAUUCGACCCCAAACACAGAUUCAUUGCAAAUAACAACACCAACAUCAUCACCAUCAGAAACAACAACAACAACGGCAGAUGUUAGUAGUUUGUAUGAGUCAAGUAGUAGUAGCACACACACGCAGGCUAGUAACGGUAAUCACAACGGCGAUCAAGACGACAAUGAGACGUCGUCAAUGCUUCCGCCAACAUCAACGUCGUCGCCAGGCGGCGCAACAACCAUUUCGUCAGCGUAUGUGCCAUACAACAAUGGCGAUAGUAAUUUGACUAGUAGCAACAACAACAAUAAUAAUAAUAAUGUAUUAUAUGUGAAUAAUAAUAUUUUGAGUAACGGUAGUAAUAAGUUAGCUCCCACAACAACACCAACAACAAGAACUAGUGCGGCAGCAGCAGGUGAAGAUGAUGAUGACGUUGCUGAUGGCAACGAUGCUGUCGCGCCAACAGCCGUUACAUCCGCAACGACUUCCGCGAGUAGCAAUUCGCUCUUCGCUGCCUCUGCUGGCGCACAUACUUACGACACCACAACAACAACAGCAAAAUCAUCGGCACUAACAGCACACACAGCCAAUGCUAGCGCUAGUAGAAACGAUAAAGACGCUAGUGAAGAUAGCAAUAACAACAACAGCAACAAACCCUACUUUAGCAACAGCAAAUACAGCUACAACGCUUCGGCUAACCCUUACAGCGUCGCCAAUUCACCUGUCAAAUAUGCCACACAUAAGACAUCAAGCGUCGCCGCCAAUGAGGCAGCUCACUCCGCGUAUGCCGCCUACGCCUACCAAGCACAGGCAGCCCAAGCCGCACACUCUCAUGCGUCCGCGGUCGCCUCCUCCACUUAUCCGUCCACCAGUUUGUCCAACGGCGCACACAGUGACACACAGUCAUACAGCGUCUACAACGGCCUGAAUGGACAUGCCACCUCAGUCGCCGGCAUAUUGCCGACUCCCCCUUCAGCUGCCUCAACCGCGGUUUCCGCUGCCUCUGCCGUUGCCUACCAGCAGGCACAUCAGCAACAACAGCAACAACAUCAGCAAAUGUUGCGUCUCUAUAAUCAAUACGCUGGCGUACCCACCAGCGCUACCAUUUCUUACGCCAACUUGCUUGCUGCUUCGCAUGCCGGUUAUGCCACACCUACAACCACUAUGGCUCACAUGUCGGCGGCAGCAGGCAUGACUGUACCUUCGUAUGCCGCUGCCUACGGUAUUCCCGCUUCGUCGGCAGCUGGCGCAGCCACAUUGACACCCACAUACGCCUACAGCGCUUAUGGCAGUGCCACACCCACCGGCUAUUAUGCCGAUGCCAGUGCUCUAGCCAAAGAUGCCGCCCAAAAGUACCAUGCCAACGCUAUGAAAAUGGCUGCCGCGGUCAAUGCUAAUCAACUGAGCGGCAAACCGCUUACUGCAGUUGCCGCUGGUGGUAUGGCCGGCUUACAGUUGGGUAAGGCUUACAUGACCGCCAUGCCUGGCAGCGCUAAUGCUAUAGUUGCCCAGCAGCAGCAGCAACUCUCGCUCUUACAGGCACACCAUAUCGCACAAGCGCAGCAUGCCGCCGCUGCAGCAGCCGCUACUCGUUCAGCGCUAGCGGCGAGCUCACUGUCCAGCUCGGGCAUGUCAACGCCCGUCGGCACGCCGGUGCAUACGCCCACACCAGGCGCUGCUGGCGUGGCAGCGAUCGGUCUGCUAACGCGGCCCUCUUCUGCUGCUGGCAGUUAUAUCAGCGCAGCUGCAGCUCAUAGCGCGCUGCGUCCGCAAGCAGUGCAACUGGCUGCCACACCUUCCGCCAACAAUUCGCCAUACGCGGCCGCUGCCGCAGCGGCUGCCAUGCAACAACAGGGCUUCUUCUACCCAGCUGGCAUGAUGGCAGCACCGGCGACGGCCGCGUAUCCGUAUGCAGCGAUCGGUGGCAUACCGACUGCUAUGCCAACGGCAGCUGGCAUGCCAACCGCGCUCUCUGGCAUUACUGCUGCGCCGGCCAGUGCGGCGGGCAGUGCCAUGGUGCUUAAUCCAUACAAGAAAAUGAAGACCUCGUAAGCAGUUGGCUUUUUGGAGGCGUUUAACCAUACGCGCGCACAAAAUCCAAAGACUUACAAUACCAAACGGAUAUGACAAACUAAUUUGUUAGCUAAGUCUAGCAUGCAAGGGCAAAGCGCUGCAUUUCAUCCUUUUUACUUAAACAUGAGAGUUUAUUCAAAGCUUUUAUGGCGGCGCUUUACCAAUGCACUUGUACUUAAAAAACUACUUAAGCAUACUUUGCAAAUACGAAACAAAAGUAUCACAAGUAUGUACAUUCUAAUUUGGACUUACGAACAGACAAUUUUAAUAUUAUCGUGCCUACUUUUUGGGUAUAACCUAAAGUGAAAGCUCUCAUAAGCAUAAAAAAGCUUAGAUACAUGUUAGAAAUAGAGUUCUAAGGACAAAUGCAAUGCAUCACAACGAAGUAAACGAAUAUCUUAACAGCGCCCAUAUAUCCUUCACAUCAAUAUUAAGCUCCACAUUGAGCUUUCACGCAUACAUUAUAGUUUGCAUAUAAGCUUAAAUUAAACUACUAAAAACAGUAGCAUUUUAAUUUAGUGACUUACAUAUUAGGCGGCUCUCAAAUUUCACAUAUUUUGUUGUAUACAGCAGCUCGCUGUGGAAUUGUUUAACAAAAAGCUUAAGGUUGCCAUACAACAUAAGAUUUAUCAUGUUUAUGAAUUAAACAUUAAUCCUGCUUUAAGCAGCAAGGUUAAUACAAGUAGCUGUUAGCAGUUGAGCAGAACUUAAAGCGCAAUUUAUCAAAGCUCACGAGUUUUUAAUCCAGCAAGUUAUGCUUAACUGUAAAAUCUCAGCCUAAUUCAUGCCAUUUUAACUAAUUAUAUUCUUGUAGACAUUAAUUUUCGAUUUUCCAUUAAAUAUUUUAAGAAUAUUUUAUUAAGGCGGAGUGUGAGCUUUUAAAAAAAAUCAUUUUUUUCCAAUAUUUUCCUUAAAAAAUUAAGAACAACGAAACAAAAACUAUUUAGAUAAAAUUAAUGCUCUGUUGGUAUUUGUCAUAUUUUCGCACAAUUGCAUAAAAGCUAAAAAAUCUUUGCUAAUGUGUAUGUUUUCACAAUAAUUCGUACAACUUACGAACUACUGUGAAAUUUAAAAAGCUUGUUUAGAGAAAAUAAGUGGCAACACUUAAGUAAAUUGUAGAAGUUACAAGAAAGCUUUUUCAAUAGCUAAAUCAAUUAACGUAUUUCAGCAACAAGCUAAAAAAAUAACAUGACAAAAUUUUAGGCCAAAAGAAAAAACUAUUGACUACGUAAACUACGUUUUAAUCUUACCGACGUUCCUAUGUAGCCAUAAAAUGCUUCAAAUUAUGUUCACCAUGCUCCUGCAAUGAUGAAUCGAAGCAAAAAUUAAUUAUAUCCCAGUGGUUUUAAAAUGAAAGCUCUUUACAAGAGAGUUUACUAUAGAAUGAAGGCAUAAUUUUUUAACAGUAGGUGGCGCUGUAGUAGUUAGCAAAAAAAGCAACGCAGCAAAACAAUACGCACUAGAAGUUGUCAGAGCUGCACAAACUUAGUGAAAGCUCUGCGUAAGUAGUGAUAGCUGCACAAACUUAAUGAAAGCUCUGAGCAAGUAGUGAAAGCUUUUUUACUACCUAUACAGUACUGUAUACUUUUAACAACCUAGCAUUAGUUUCGAAACAUUGCUGUGAAAUAAAUCUGAGAAAGCGUUUUUAAAGCUUACGCUCUCUCUCGCAUCUUGUUGUGCCCACCAAACUUCAUUUACGCAGUUGACGCGUCGCUUUGAAAGACGCUAGAUUUUUAUUUUUUGCAGUGACACUGUUAAUAAUUUUUUAGUUUAUAAUAUGUAUAUUAGCUGUAAGUAGUUUACGUCCCAGUUUUUGAUGUGUAUUAUCUCAUAUAUACACUCACGCACACACAUAACUAUUACUCUUUCACUGUCUAUCUAGUUGCCAUGCUCAUUCGAUAUAUAACUCUCGAUUGUUAUUGAAAGUAUUUGUACACAUAUACACGUUUCAGUUCGAACACUGCCGCGCCUAGCAGCGCUAGGAGUAUUUGCACAAAUAUCGUAAACAUUUGAGCAUAUUUCUCUACUCACUUUUAGUUUUCGAAGUCACACUUUCCCAUAAAUGAUUUAUUUAUUUUUCAACCUUCAAUUGUUCCUUCAAUUAACUUAAGCAUAUGUUCUAUGCAACACAUGUACAACAACAAAUUCAACGAACGUGCGUUGUGUGAGGGCAGCGCUCUCAAUACGCCAUGCGCUCUGCGCUCAUUUGCGAUACACUGCAAAAAAUUUAUACGUAUGACUUACUAACAAUUUUUACUAGCGUAGUUUCUUGUUUUUUGUGUUAUUUUUAAGGCAUUCAAUAUAGAUUUGUGUAGUUGUUUUAGCGUUUAGUUAUAGUCUAGGUGUUUCAAAUCUACAAAUAAUUGUUUUUCAAUUAGUAUUAGUCGUUUGGCAAUCAAUUAUUAAAGAGUAUUUAAGCAUUUACAUUUGUUCUCUUAGUUUACGCGCUCAAAAGAACUCUAUGUGCUAGUUGUUAGUAUUUUUUUGUUUUUGUGCAUAUUUAUUACAGUUAUUUGUUUAGGUCUUUGCUGAAAACGCGUUUUUGUAUUAAAAAUAUAUUUUUAUUGUAAUUUUUUUGUUAAUUUGCUAAUUUUAAAUAAGUUUUAAAUACUUAGAUCUCUUGUGAUUAUUAUGCUUAAUUUUUUUAUUAAUUUAUUAUUUUUUUUUAUUUAAAUAUAUGUUUAUGUAUUCUGUAACCGUUACUACCUUAAUAAUUUUUGUGAGCAUAAUUUUUGCAUUAUUGAAAACGUGAAGUCCAGUGAACUUGUGUUAUAUUCUUACGUCGUCUAUUUAAUUUAAUGGAAACCUAAUUUUCUUUGCAAUAAAAUUUACUUUUUUUAUUGUAAUAAAAAGCAGCAAGCCAUAGCUGCAUAUAUUGCCAAUAUUAUAUAAUUAUUUUUCCUACUGCGCACUUUUAAUAUAAUUUUAAAAUUUUUUUAAAUUAUUGUUAAUGUAUUCAUAUACAAUUUUACUCUACCCAGCUUCAAUUUCAGUACUUUAGAAUCUAUAGAAUUGUAUUCAUAAAUGUAUUUAUAGUCUAGCUUAGCGUGCUUACUUAACUACUCACUCUAAGCAGCCAACUAGCCAAUAUCUACACUGCGCCUGGUUGCUAUGACACCGACUCUCUCACACUCAAAACGCGGCACUAUGCUCAAAAGCUCUCUAACACGGAAACACACUCACUCAUAUGCUCCCACUCACCACAGCGUUACGCUAACAUUAGCUUAAUACACUGACUCUCUCACACUAAAACAAGCGCUCUCAUAAACACCAUAGUGUAUGCAUACAUAAUGCUAACGCUCUUGUGCUCAAACGCUUACUACACUCAACGAAAUAUCAAAAACUACUGACUAUAGUGCGCUUUCUCUACCACUCAAUCAUACUACGUUGCUAUGUUUUGACUGUACACUGGAAAAAAAUUGCAGAUAUUACAAAUUUUAUUUUCACAAAUGUAUGACCACCAUCAAUGUAUGUAUGUGCGUUGAUACGAAAACAUAGCACACAAAACAUAAUGCUUGAAAUUUCAAAAUAAAUAUAUACCGCUACAUAAUUUUAAAAACAAAAACAAAAAACUGUUAUGCAAAUUUGUAAAAUAACCAAAAACAAAUUUUAUAUAUAAAGCUGGGCCGCGAUGUAUUAUCGUAAAAGCUCGUGUGCUUUACUAUCUGGCUGGCGUACUAGUAUCUAAUUGUUACAAAAACAAUAUAAUAAAAAAUAUAUAUUGCUAUCUACCUAUAAAUCUAAAUCUAUGCUCUAGAAAUUUGUUGUAUUUAUUAGCACACGCUAAAGAGAAACCUUCAUUAUUUUUUAACUGUUUUCCUGUAUGUCAUAUUAUUUGGUUAUAAAUAUUAUAUUUAUGUAUAUGCAUAUGUAUGUAUAUGUAUGCUAUUUUUUUUUUAAUCUAAUAACUAAAAACUUUGUAUCACUGUUAGUUUGCCUUUUUCUCGUCUAUUUGGGAAUAAAAAUAUAAAUUUUGUCAUUUGUUAGUAUAUGUAAAAAGAAAAAAACAAAAAAAAUAAGAAAAUUAUACACUUAAAAUAUUUUAACUACCACUGACUACUGUUAUUAUUAAUAAGUACAUAUAUUCAUUGCUAUUGUAAUUUUAUGUUUUUAAUUAAUUGUUUGUUUAAUUUGUGAAAAUUAUUUGGAAAAUCAAUUUAUGUAUAUUAAAAAAAAUAUAUAUAUAUUUAGCUUAAAAAAACAAUUGGUAUUUUUUGUUUGGUUGCUUAAUAUUGUAAUAGCUUGAUGAAGCUCUCCAUUUAAUUGGUUGAAUAUUUUAUUCUAAAAUUCUACUUUUAAUUUGCUGUGGUUUUGGGUGAAAACUCGCAAGAAAAUCUAUCGUUUGCUUGUCCUAUUUACGGCGCUCUCUUUACUCUAAGACACUUUCUCUCUUUUACGUUAUAUUGUCUGUUCUGUUAAAUUGCACACUUUUCUACAAGCUUUUGUGUCCUCAUUUGCUUCUUUAGUUAUGAUUCUCUUUAUAUGCAUUCAUUUCUCCAUUAGCAUCUCAUUGGCACGCUCACUUGCGUGCUCGCUUCUAUUUAAUUAUGUGUAAGUAACAUAUGCUCUCAUUUUAGUGCCAUUUUUCAUACUCAUUUUUUAUGCAUUGAAAAUAUAUGAAUAUUUAGAUCUCUUAUUUGAUAUUCUCUCUUGUCAUUUAAACUUGCCAGCAGCGAUCUAAUUAUUAUAUUUAAGGUAAACAAAAAUUUUACCUUUAAUAUCUCAGUUUUAUUUAGUUGAUUUUUAUAGCUAUUUGGAAGAUCUAUUAUCUCUUUUGGAAGAUUAAUGCUCACGCUGAGCAUCUUCUUUCACUUCUCUUAAGAAGUUUUAUACCAGCUUUAUUUAGCUGAUUUUUACAGCCUUAGUAUUUUGCAAGAUCAAUAGAUACUCAGGAAUCUUCUCUCACUUUUUACAAAAAGUCUUAAAUUAUAUCUCUCACUCUCUUAGACAAAUUUUGCUAUAAACUACCGCCGAGAACAAUACUAAAAGUGAUUAAAAAUCACAUAUUUAAAUUAUAAUAAAAUAGUGUACUAUAUAUAUAUUUUUUUAACUUCAAAAACCAUUGCCUAUGCUCUAAGUCAUUUCAUGGAAAACUGAUUUAAAUUGUUGCUCAAAAACUUCAAUACGUGAAGCUCACUGAUCUUCAUUGUAGCAUAUUUUUAGUGCUAGUCUUAAAAAUGUUUAACCAUUUGAUAAAAUUCACAAUGAUUUUUGCCUUUUUCAACUUCUUAUUAAUAAUUUUUAAUUGUUUAAAGCUUUAUCGUUCAUUCCAAAUUAACGCUUUUGAGCUUUUACGCUUCCUUGUCGAUUCAUUGCCACAAAAUAUAUUCUCAGAUUAUAUCAUAUUAUUAGGUACGUAUGCUUUUACUUAUUUAGAUAUAAAUGAUCCAAGUUGGAAAUAGUCUUCCAAGAAAUGGCUCGAAAUUUUCGGUUUAACAAAAAUCUGCAAGCUUAAAAGGAAUUUUAUUUUUACAAAUACACAAUUAUUCCACACAAAAAACUAUAAACCUAUAUACUCAUGCACAGUUAUUGUAAUUUCUAAAAGCUUCACAAAAAAGCUUAAGAUCGAAAAGCACAAAGCACAUUAAUACUCCAAGCAAUAAAAAAAGUGAAGCUUUUAACCAUUUCCUAUUGCCUUUUAGAUAUCUAAGUCAUUACUGAGUUUUAUUAAUACUUUCAAAAAUAAAUUGCCUUUAAGAAGUGUAAUUUUGCUCUAAGUAAGCUUUUACUUGAUUGUUUAUUUUUAAUAUAAGAAAGUCUGGCUGUGCGAGAACUUUGCAAUAUUUUUUUUUUUAAUUUUCAGCUUAUUUGUAUAUGAAAAAAUUCGUGGUUUUGAAAAAGCCUUUUAAAAUCAUUUCUAAUAUUUAAAUUACUGGCAGCUUUUCAAGUUUUUUUUUUUCAAAACAAUUAAAUUAUUAUUAUUAAUUUCUUUUCUUCUUUCAAAUGUUUUCAUCAUUUAAAACGGAGAGUUCAGCAUACGAAAAAACUAUACAAAAUAUUUACAAAAAAUUAUUAGGGAAUUUAAUUGAAGUUUUACAUUUUGAAAACAAAGUAUAUUGCAAUGAAAUUAUAAAAAGUAAAAAAAGACAAAUUAUAUACUAAAAUAGAUUUUAAAGUUAAAAACUGUAGCGUAACGUUAGAAUUUUGAAGUUUUGAAAGUUUGACGUUUUUUGCGCAAAAAUAUUGAUAAUAUAAAAUGACCGUUAAAACGGUAUACUACGAGUACUUAUACAUUAACACAUAUUUACCAAAAUUUACGACGUUUAUAAUAUUUUUAAACAUUUAGAGAAAAUAGUGGACUUUUAAAUAACAGUUCUAAUGACAAGUUCAGAAAAAAAUAUUAAAAAAUAAAAAAUAAAAAUUUGUAUACAUACAUAUAUUUGAAAAACAUAAUUAUUACAUACGGUAGCAAUGCACGAAUGGGCAAAAAAAUGUUGAAAGUUUUUGUAGAGUGCUGAAAACAAAAUUGCGAAAGGAAAGAAAAUGUAGAAUUACUGAGGAAAAGCUUACAUGGAAGAAAAUUUUAAACAGGCUAAAAAGAAACAAUGAAAGCUAAAUAUUUCUAGCUUUUACUACAGAUUUUACUACAGAUUGACAUAGUUGAAUAUUUGUAUAUUGUUUUCAGAUAAUCGAAAUCAAUGCUUUAAAUUUUGCUUUGCACUAAUUUUUUAUUUCAUAAGAGCUUUUAGAAAUAGUAUACAAUGUUUUCUUAUACAACCGCUUUUAAUAUAGUAGCUUUUGAGCUUUUGGUACUAUAAUGCACACAUAAAGCACAGACACACUACACAAAUAAUGAAAACAAACUAACAACACAGCUGUCAUAAAAACCACUAAGGAAGUCUCAACAGGAGUUUUGUGAUCUGUAGCAUUGUAGAAUAUCUAAGAACAAAGCUUUAGAAAAAGAGCAGCAAAUGGAGCCGUGAGCGAUAAAAGGAGAUAUUUAAAUAACAUAUUGUACCGUGGACAAAAUUUAGUAAUAGUCAAGCCAAAUAAGUUCCAUAAAAACUUUUUCCAAUUGCUUCUAAACAAAAUAGUAGCACUCGUCAGUUAAGAUCACAGGCAAAAGCUCAAAAGCUUCACCUUCUUAACAUGUUUAGUUAAAGGAUUCUCCAAAAGUCAAACGCAAAACAUAAUUACAAAAGCAUAGCACAUAGUUAAUACAUAUGAACCCAAAAAAGUGUGAGUAAAUGCAGAAAGUUUCCUAUAAAUUUCGAAAUAUUUUUUAAUAAUCUUAAAAUAUAGAGCACAGGCCGUAAUUCAAUUACUUUAUGGUAGCGUAAAAACAAAUUGUCAACCGUCCAUAUAUUACAUAAAAGCGUUUGAAUGAAAUAUCUUAAAAGCUUUGGUGGAACUUUUUUAUUUUCAAAUAUGCUUUAGAAAAAAUGCUGUGUCAAGUUAAAUUUAAAGCAAGCAAAUGAGUGGAUAAAAGAAAGAAGAAAAUUGAUAAGCUGGAGAAAUGCAAGCUCAUAUAAGCUUUCAAGCAGAAAGCCGACAUACUUGUAUUAUAAGCUUUAAGGUAUAGAUAUAUGACAGCUCGAAAUUUCGAAAUAGAUAAAUAAUGAAAGCUCACCGUUAAAAGAAAUAGUACGGGUUUUCCGAUAUUUUGGGAUUCUUGCAGGCAAGUAAUUUCGAAAGCGCUCGAAAGUUAAUUAUGAAAGCUUAAAACAAAGGAGACACUUAAGAAAGCUUGAUAAAUGAAAGCUCGAACGUAAAUAUUAAUGUAGAACAGCAUACAAAUAUAAUAAGUAAGCGCUAAGAUAUAGAUAUGUGGAAGCUCGAAAGUUCGAAAUUGAUAAAUAAUGAAGGCUCACAACUAAAAAUGUUUAACGUUGGAAAGUUCACAGGAAAUUUGUGCCAGCACUGUUUUGACGCGGUAUUAGAGAGUUCUAGAGGAAAAGCAAGUUUUUAUAAACACUCGAAAGUUAACUAUGAAUAUGUUUAUAAGAAAGAAAGCAUUUUAACCAUAUAAAAUAUUUGAAGAAAUAUUAGGAAAACAAAUAGUGACGUUAAUAUAGAGUUAGCGAGACUAGAAUGACGAAAUGUAAAAAAAUAUGUUUUGAAAUGUUAGCGGUCAAUAAUGACAAAUAAAAAAUUAACAAUAAAAUAAUAAAAAAUAACAACAAUUUUUGGUUAAAUAGGAAAAGCAGAAAAGUUAGUUGGAAGCGAAAAUUGCAUGCCAUUUACGAUAUGAACAUCAAAAAAAAACUGUUGAAAAAAAAUUGAUAUGGCAACGACAGCAAGCAAAUAUUUAGCGAAAACAUAUACGUAACUACAAUACUAAAGCGUCGAUAAGCGCAUGAACACAAACAUACAUACACACCUACCUACAUACCAUACAUGCAUAAAUAUAACUGACAACAAUUUAGCAACAACAACAACAACUUCAGUUUAUAUGUAUGUCUAAAUAAUUUGCGUUAGAGCGAAUUUUAUUUGAAAAUGAAAAAGCCUAUUUGUAAGUACUUAUCGCUGCUAAUUAAUUGCGUAUGCUUCGUAAUUGUCCGUAACUUGGCAGCAAAUACAAACGCACACGUACACACACAUACACAAAGCCACGUAUACACAGUUAGACACACACACACAAGCAUACAGAAUGUUAAAUACGCGUUGAAACUAUAUAAAUUACAAAAAAUAAAAGCAAGUAUAGUAAAUACAAAAACAAAAACAACAAGAACAUAUAUUAUUGCCAGUUUUUGCAAAUUUUGUGGAUUGUGUACAUAUGAUGAUUACUUAUACUUACUUACAUAAUCUCUAUUUAUUAUGCAUAUUUAUGUAUGUAUAUGUAUGUAUGUGCAAUUAAAUAUUAUCAACUCUUAUUGAUAAUACAAUACUAUUUAAUUAUUGCAAUUCGAUUUCAACUAGCAUUUACAACACACAAAUGUUUGCUAUACCAUAUACGCAAAUAGUUAUUAUUCUAAAUAAUUACAACAACAGACAUACAUACGUACAACAACAAAAUAUUAAACAAUUUGACUAAUAAAUAAUAUAUAUACAGACAUAUAUAUAUAUAUAUAUAUUGAUUACUAUUAUUAUUAUCAUUAUUAAUACGAUGUUUAAUAUGCAAAGUAAAGUAAUAACAUAUAUAGUAAACUAAACAACAACAACAACUAUUAUACAAUUUGAAAACGUCAAAUUUGAUGAAAAUUAAAAGAAAAUGAACUUAUUAUAUUAAAAAUUAUAAACAACAAAAAUGCUUUUUUACUUAAACCAUACUCCCGUACAUGCAUCAAUUAGUUUAGCGUAUAGCAAAAAAAACAACAACAAAAACAAGUCGUAUACCCCAUGUUGCAUAGACAAUUUCCUCCAAUCCUUAAAUUUGCUCGUUUCUGCACAUUUGCGCCCUCCUUAUCCGCUCAUUUGCUUUCAUAAAUUCUAUAUAUUCACAUUGAGCUGUUAAAGCUAAUUGAAAACAUUCAUAUAUGUAGACUUAAAUCUGCCGUUAUUUGCAAUUUCACCUCUGUUUUGCACAUACUUUUUAAGCUUUUUCCCAAACAGAUAUUAUACAUUUCUGCUAAUAUACAUAUAUAUUUUUAUAUUAUUUUGUAAAAUUAUGUUGUUGUAAUGUUUCUUUAAAAAUUUCAAACUUUAAUACUUUUUAAAUAUUUUUUUAAAUUAUGUAUUUUUUAUAUUAU